AUGUUUUGGCUUCUAUUAUCAGUAGCGUUUGCUUUGGAAAAUUCCACUCAUGUUUACGAAAGUGUGACUGACCUUUGCAAGAAAAUGCAAAUUUGCUAUCAAAAUAUCCCUAUUGCUGUUUCUCAGCCUCUCUUACAGCUCUCAGUUCAAAUCUAAACUUAAAAUUAAAGUUAAAUGCAGGAUUGGCUUCGCCUAUUGGCAAAAAAGCCACCAAGGAACUCCAAUGGGAUUCGACCUCUUUGGAACGUCGGCAGGCAGAACUUCUUAUCUUUAGAUGACUAAUUAGGCGAGUAUCAGCUCGAACACUACAUUUCCUCUUUUUCAACAUCUAGGGCCACAGCAUCUGUGAAGUAGUUUCUGUAUCUCCAUUUCCUCCUUGUCUUAUCAGCUCCAGUGUUGAGUGGGAAGGCUAUGCACUCUGCCACACGCUGCUUGGGUUGAACAAAGGUUUCCGCACAAAAAUCUUAAAAAUGUAAUUUCUGGCCAACUUUCGGCAAAAAGGAAAAAUUCGAGGCCUGGGGGAUAACUCCCAGCUUCACGCUAGGAAGAUGUGCAAAUGGUCUAGACAUUGCCUGUAGACUUCGCUAGGCUUUCCCUUUCCAACUCUGAACCCACCUUUUUCAUUGGGGUAAAAUACAAUCCUGAAAGCGGAGAUCUAGGUUCUGUGCAUUACCAGAAUUGCUGUCCGUUUUCUGAGUUGGCAAAGCCUUACCUGGUAUAAAUAAAAUGCGCUCUAGGCUGCAUUGCUGUGAGGCAAUGCCCGGGCUAAGAGCUAUUUUAUUUGUGCUUUCAGCUCAAAUCAAAUUGACUGAUCUAGAUGAGGAUUUAACUGAGUAUCCAACUCCUAAGCCAGUUGUUUAUAUAAGGUUUGACGCAGUUCCAGAUGAAGAAUUCUAUGAUUACAAAUUCGAGCUCAAAAACAGUGAAGAUUGGAAAUCUAAAAUAGAUAACCCUUAUAUAUUUUAGAAAUAAAAUGGUGACGUUGACGGAAAUCGGAAUCCGAGGCGACACCUCUGAUGGAGCAAUGGACCGUCGAGAGAGAGGUGGCGAAAUGUGCCUUUAGGGUUCAAGUAGACUGUCUCAAUGGGAAGCUUGCCGAAGCAGGGUGUUUUGUUUCUCCCCGAAGGUUUUUCCUGUCCCUGCCAGAUGGGCUAGACAGGUUUUACCUACCACAUGGUCUUUCCUCAUCGGGACCAUUGGGGCGCUCACAAGAAGCGGCUCUGCCCAAGAUGAGCUAAUCUCCUGGACAGGUGGUUCAGGCUGAAAAUCCAAAAUGGCGUCAUGCCAUCUUUGGAGCCGAGAUGGGGCGUAUGGUCAGCGCCUGCGGAAGCGCUUAUGGCCGGAUACUUAAUAGCUUCUUAUAUAUUUAAUUAUGAGAAGCUAAAAUUAUUAAAAUUAUUAGCAACAUUUAUUGAAAAUAGCUUAUUCCAUACCCAAAAAAGGCUAAUUAUUUUGUGUUAAGAUUAGACGGAGGCUUAUUAGAUCAAAGUCAUCUAAUGCCAGCUUAUACAGUUUAUGGAUGGAGCUAUAAAAUAAAGACGUGGGCUUAUUACUGUGAAUCCCAGUUUUCAACAUCGUCUCAAUAUUUAUUAAGUGGGUUUUAUUCUGAGAAAGAUCCACAGUGUGAUAUUGACGUUCUAAAUACUCAAAGCGGGACUAUUAGUAAGCCUACCCAGCCAGUUAUAUAUGAAGUGCCAUCUGGGGCUGAAUCUUUAAUAAUAAGCGUCUCGGGCGUCGUCAGUAACUUGAAUGUGACGGCAAGCCCAGACAAUUUUAUAUUUGUAAAUUCUUUGAAUGAAAAUUAUUCAUGGACAUUUACUGAACCAGGGCGAUUUAUCGUUCCAAGCCCUAGGCCUGGCCGUUGGCAUCUUCUGUUCUUUUCUAUGAAUGACACAUCUUUUGGCUAUGAAAUUGAUACACUAGAUUAUGAGUGGGAUAAAGAUGGAAAUAUGGUGAUUGGGAAGAGUGUAGCUUACCAAGACUCAGUAAAAAGCUAUACUAGUCUUGUGGAUAGCGACAUUAAGAUAGACUGUACUGGGAGUUUUAAUUCAGAUUCAGAUGUGCAGUAUCAUAGAUUUAUGGUGCUACCUGAUCACACUGAUGAAAGAUUUGGAACUAAGUUAAAAAUAUGGCAUAGGAGAUUAAAUUCUAUUUAACGCAAAUAAUUAAUAAAAGAUGAAUUUUAUAGCAAAUUAAAUAAUCACAGUAUAUAUAACAGUACUUUAGAUGAAAAUACAAUUUACAAUCUAUUAAAUGAAGAUUUAGAAAUCAAAAUUCAGCUUGGAAGUCCUCCAACCAAUACAAGCUCAUAUCUAUCAUUCGCUAACUGCAAAAGCUCUGACGUUUACUGUAAAGUUAUAAAAGAAUCCUCAGGAAUUUCAAUGGUAAUAGAAUUUCGAUACUUGAAAAAAGGUAUAAAUUAUGCCUCUUUCAAAUUAAAUUCACUCUCUACUAUAAGCUCUCCUAUAUAUUACCAACUUGGCAUGUUUCGGUCUAAAGUCGGCGACAAUAUCUGCCACUCAGAAUACUAUUAUUUAUACAACGAAAUAGUUUAUACCUGCUAUUGUAUGAGAAACACUGCAGGUCCAUAUUGCGAAAAAACUGCUUUCAGCGAUACCAUUUAUGACCUUGGGCUGACUUUUCUAAUCACUUCAAAUCUUGCAAUGAUACCAGCAUUGGUUGUUGGCGUUAUAUAUUUAUACUAUGGAGAAGUUGCUGUAUAUGGCUCAAAUAUGAUCGCAAGCAUGAUCUACCAUGCCUGUGACUGGCAAUAUUAUUGUUUCGAUUUCAAUCCUAUGACACUUCUAUUGAUAGAUUUUUUAUUAAGCUAUAUGAGCAUUAUGGUCUGCUUGGUUCACGUCUCAAGGCUAAAAAACCCAAAUGUAAAAACAGCAGCCUAUGUAUUUUUAUUUGUGAUUUUACUGUACAUUGGACUAAAUACAGCUUUUCGUGGGACCUUAGUCACAUUUAUGGUAAAAAAUAUAUAGCCACCAUUAAUUGCUGGUCUGAUUCCAAUAUCAAGAUAUAUCUAUAUAAUUAUGAUGCUUUCAAAGCGAAAAGAAAAUAAAUGUUGGAGCUGGCGUCAAGUUAAGUGGUUUUUUGUUACAAGCAAGCUCAUUAAUUUGAAAUGGGCACUGGCUGCUAUUGUGAGCUUUGCGCUUGCUUUGACAAGCCGAUUUCUUGAAUUAAAUGACAACUAUUACAUCGUAAAAUUUAUUUAGACUCAUUCCUGCUGGCACAUUUUUGUAAUGCUGACUCCAUUUUUUGUAUUUUUUGUAUUCCCACGAGACCAAAAAGAUUUCGAGAUAGAAAGGUCAAGCACUUCUGAGCUGAUCUCUCUCGAAAGCUAUGCCCCUCUGAAGUCUAUUAAUUAG